CGAAGCGCGCAGCCACGCCGCGGCCCGCGCGACAGGUCUGGCGUUUAGGGUUCACUAGCCACCACUGUCGCGUGGGGGAGCUGCCUUGUCUGUCGCAACUCGAUACUGUGUUAUUGCGCGCGGUGGUCCGUUGUCGCAGACGUUGACUGAUAGCUGCUGUCUCAGGUCGCCAGGCAGUGGACGAUACUAAGCUCACUGCGGCUGCGCACUCUCUUGCCCCGACGGCGCCUCGCUCCUGCCCCGACGCAGCUCUCCCUUCCGCAAAGCUGGCCACAGUGCCAUCCAUGAGCACCACCGCCCGACCGUAGCGCCCAGCGCCCUUCUCUCGCCAUGUUUUUCAACAAGUUCGCCGCCGACUUGUCCAAGUCGUUCAAUUCCAACAUCACCAACAAUUACACCCUCAGCCAGGAGCCGACGUCCUUCUCGGGGCCAUGGAAGAUCUACGACGCGAAGGGCAAGAAGACCAAGAAGCCCGUGUCCGUCUUUAUAUUCGAGAAGAAGUCGCUGGAGCCCCCCGGGGGUGCGAGCUUGGGCGGGCGCUCGUCGGGAGGCUCAGGGCUCAAGCGCGCGCAUGAGGAGGUGGUUGAACGGCUCAAGAAAGAGGCCAGCUCCCUCGCCCGGCUGCGACACCCCAGCGUACUGGAGCUGGUCGAACCCGUCGAAGACACUAGAGGCGGAGGCCUGAUGUUCGCGACAGAGCCUGUCACAGCAUCGCUCGCUGGUCUGCUCCUAGAAAAAGACGAGCAGGAGAAGGCAGGCGGUGUUGGCGGGCGCAGAAGUCGAUAUGUCAUCGAAGAGGAAAACGGGCAGAAGCGGAGACGUGAGCUCGAAAUCGACGAGCUGGAGAUACAAAAGGGGUUGCUACAGAUCGCCAAAGGACUAGAGUUCUUGCACGAGAGCGCAGGCUUGGUGCAUGCCAACUUGACCCCUGACGCUGUUUUUGUAAAUGCUAAAUCGGAUUGGAAGAUAUCUGGUCUAUCAUUCUGCACACCGCCCGAAAACUCCACUAAAGCUACCUCUGUGUCGCCCAUAUCGCUCUCCGAAGCCUUGAACUACGACGCGCGACUACCAUCAUAUGUUCAAUUGAACCUGGACUACACCUCACCAGAUUUCGUCAUGGAUGGCAACGUCACCCCGGCAGCCGACAUGUUCUCGCUGGGCAUGUUAAUCAUCGCGCUAUACAAUUCUCCACACAAGAGCCCGAUGGAGUUCCAUGGCAGCACGACUUCAUUCAAGCGGGCUUUUUCGACAACCUCCUCGGUACCCAACAAGUCGAACAACUUCAUGUCUUCCCAGUCUAUGCCGCGGGAUGUCGUAAACGGGGUCCUGGACCGACUCAUUACUAGACGGCCAGCUCAGCGCAUCAACGCCCGAGAAUUCCAACAAGCACAGUACUUUGAUAACAUCCUAGUAUCUACCAUACGAUUUCUCGAUUCAUUACCUGCAAAAACCCCCAAUGAGAAACAGCAGUUCCUUCGUGGGCUGCCCAGGAUAUUGAAAGAGUUUCCAAAAUCAGUAAUGGAAAAGAAAGUAUUGCCGGCCCUGCUCGAGGAAACAAAAGAUCGUGAGCUUCUAGCAUUGGUUUUGCAGAAUUGUUUCAAGAUCAUAACAAUGCUUCCGUCUGGCAAACGCGCUUUCACUGAGAAGGUCAUUCCAAAACUCAGAGAGACCUUUCUGGCGAUCCCGAAGGGCCCUGCUCAAGAGCGUGACAGCUUGAAAGAGGCUGGCUUGAUGGUCCUUCUGGAGAACAUAUCAGUCGCCGCAAAUAAUUGUGGUGGUAAGGAGUUCAAGGAUGACAUCCUACCCAUUGUCAAUUAUGCUCUCGAGUCACCCACCCAUUCUCUAGUAGAUGCCGCGCUCCGCACACUUCCUGUAGUCCUACCGAUCCUUGACUUUUCGACUAUCAAAAACGAACUGUUUCCCGUCAUUGCAACAAUCUUCGCAAAGACGAGUAGCAUGGGCAUCAAGAUUCGUGGUCUGGAGGCUUUCCGGACCUUGUGUGGUGGUAGCGGCGAAGAUCAGGAUGGAUUGCAAGGCGAUGGCCUGACGGGUGUUAUUGAAGCUGCGAAGCCUAAGUCUAGUGUGUCAAUACUCGACAAAUACACCAUACAGGAGAAGGUAGUCCCACUUUUGAAGGGCAUCAAGACUAAGGAGCCUGCUGUCAUGAUGGCUGCGUUGGACGUUUUCAAAGCGAUUGGCUCCCAGGUCGACAGCGAUUUUCUUGCGGUUGACGUUCUGCCCAUACUAUGGCAGUUCAGUCUCGGACCCCUGCUCAACCUUGGGCAAUUCCAAGCGUACAUGUUGCUGAUCAAGUCCUUAUCUGCGAGGGUUGAGAAUGAACAGACGCGGAAGCUGCAGGAGCUCGGAGCAAAUAAUGCACCUACUACGUCGCGGAAUGAGUUCAUGAGUUUUGGUAGCCUGCCUGGCACGAAUGGGCUGGACACUACCAACGGGGAUGGAGGCAGCGAUUUCGAGGCGCUAGUCCGGGGGACUCAAGGUGCAAUCACAGGUUCCGACAUGCUUGGUGGCGAUCCUUGGGCAAACGCACCAGCUUCAGCCUCAUCUUCGGCCACAUUGGCUUCACGACCUGCAGCGAAUCGCUCAGGCACUGCGAGAAAUGCAUCGCCGGCCGCAGCCUUUGCCUGGUCAACACCUCCCGUGUCUCCUCCGCCAACAAACCUGGCCGCCCCCCAAACACAGAGAGGGAUGAGGACCAUCACACCAGACAAUACACUGAAUUCGUUGAACUCGACUUUUCCAGCCAUGGCACCCGCAAAUCCAGGCAUUGGUUCGUCGUUCCCUCAGGCACAGCAGAAGCCGAUGAUCAGCAUGCUGUCGCCUACCACAACGACACCGUCCUAUACCACCCAGAGCUCGGGCAUCGAUUGGACCAAAGCGAGCGGGACUUCUUCGCUCAGUUCUAACCCGUGGAGUAACUCAGGCACGACUCCCAGCGCUUCAAGUGGUCUCUCAAAUUUCUCAAUGACUUCCCCACCGGCGCAACCACAGACGCAGCAGCAAAGCAACCCUUACUCAGCGUUCAGCAUUGCACCUCCCCCAAUCAAAUCGACAAACUCACUCGGUAUAGCACCUCCUCCAAGCACUGGGGGUACUUUCAACAUAACUCUACCGCCAGGAAUAGGUGCUCGAGCAAACAGUCAACUGAGCAUGAACAGCAUGGUGUCAAGAACAGGGCAGCAACAGAACCAGAAUCAACAGAAACCAUCUUCGACGCAAAGUUGGGGGAGCGGCGGAGACAGUCUGAUAUAAUGGUUUGGCACGAUACUUUCGGGGUAAAAGAUGAGGGACCGGAUGAUGUGAGGUUAUUGUUCGAUUGCGUGGUUCAGCGGGCGUAUUUGGGUCCUCAAGAUAGACAUUUCAGGCGCAAUGGUGAGGCAUGGCUGAAUAAAACGGCACCAGAAAGCACAUUUUAAGCGACUUGGACAGCGUACUAUGUGCAGUGCGGAGAAGCUUUGGGGCGGGCAGAUCCCAAGACGCGAUCAAGGCUGGGCCUGGUGACGGUGCAAGACCAAGCCUCGUUCCCUUUCUUCCGCAAGACAAC